AUGAUCUGCCGCCAAAACAGAGGCUGUGCAACCUAUGCCGGCAAGUCCGUGGGACUGCUGCGGGCGCUGCACAUUGAGGGGCUGCCGCUGACAAUGACGGCGUCCAAGCUGUCAGAGCUCAUGACAGCGUAUGGCCCGGUGCAGUACGCAGAGGCUGCGCCCGAGGUGGCCAAGGACGAGGGGGGCUCCGUGACUGGCCGGCGCCUGCAUUGCUACGUCGUCUUCGCAGACCAUACCGGCGCCUGCAUGGCCAAGCGCGCGCUGCAGCCGCGCAUGCCCGACUCGCCUUGCACCCCCGCCUCGCUCGCGGGCGCAGCCUGCGCACGCGCGGGCGGCGGCGGGCCGCCGCUUGACGGCCCCGCGCUGGCCGCGGCGCUUGGCGGGCGGGCCGGGGCAGCGGCGCAGGCGGACCCAGCCGGCGACGCGCUCGCGCCGCGCUGGUGCGGCCUCACGCCGCGCGCCAGCAGCGCGCCGAGCGACGCGCUGUCUCUGACGCCGCUGGCCCUCACGCCGCGCGCCGGCAGCGCGGCGGACGGCUCCCCACGGCCCCAGAGCGAGCUGGGGGCCGACGACGCCGCAGCUGGCGGCACGGACGCGGAGCCGAGCGGCGCUUUCGACCAACAUUCUAAGGACAGUAGCGCGGCGCCGCCUGCGGCGGCGUCAGCCAAGGAAACAAUGCUGCCGCAGCACAGCGACGAGGCCUGCAGGGGACAGGAGGGCGACCAGCAGCAACAGCAGCAGCCAAACAGCCCGCCCUCAUCCCCAGCACCUGAUGCCGCCCAGAGCCCUCUGGCCGACGCGGCGGCCUCCUCGCCCGAGCCCCCGUUAGGCGCCCCCGGCGACAGGCCGCCCUCGUCGCCCGCCGCAGCCGCCGCCGCCGCGGCGCCGCCGCCGCCGCCGCUGGCGCUCCCCGCGCUGCCCGUGCUGCGCGUGCGCUUCGCCAAGCCGCAGAACGUCGCGGCGGCCUGCACGCCCGCGUUCCGCGCGUUCGUGGCCGCCCAGUGGGCGCAGGCGUCCGCGGCCGCAAAGGCGUGCCCCGACAUCUCGCGAAAGCCCGGCUGCAAGGUCAACGCGCUGUUCAUAUCCAAGCUCCACCAGCACAUCACGAGCGCGCGCCUGCAGGGCGUCUUCGGCAAGUUUGGCCGCAUGAUCGCUUGCGAGGUGCAGUAUCACUCGGACGGCCGCAGCGCCGGCCACGGGGUCGUCAUCUACGAGACGAUAGAGGACGCCGAGCGCGCGCUGCGGGCGCUGAACGGGUACCGCCUGGAGGGCCGCGCGCUGGAGAUUACGCCGCUGCGGCUGAAGAAGCUGCCCUCGAAGCUGGAGCACCUGAAGCACCGCAUCAAGCGCCUGCCGGGCGCGCCGGGCGACGGCGGCUGCGGCGGCGGCGGGGGCGGGCAGAGCUGCUCGGAGGACGGCGGCGGCGGGUUCGGCGGGUUUGGAGGGCUGGGGCCCGGCGGCGGCACGGGCGUGGGCAGCGGGCAGGGCGCGCUCGGGCUGUCGCGCGCGCUGUCUGCGUCGCCGCGCGUCAGCGGCGCCGGCGGCGCGCCCGCGCCGCUCGGCGCGGCGGCGCUAUCGGCGCACAUGGCGGCCGCCGCCGCCGCCGCCGCGGCCUCCGUGGGCGGGGGUGGCUUCGCAGGCGGCGACGCCAUGCAAGCCCUUAAUGCGAUGGCCUUUGCCCAGGGCGCCUAUCGCCACGCGGGACUGGGCGCGCUUGGCGGGUUUGGCGCCGCGCAGCAGCAGGCGAUGGCUGCCGCCACUGCCGCGGCGGCCGCGAGCAUCCAGCAGCAGCAACAGCAGCAAAACCUGAGCGAUGCCCUCGCGGCUGCGCACGGCAUGCACCCUGCGGCCGCCGCGGCGCUGCUGCACUCGCUCGGCCCCGGCGGCCCCGCCCCCGCCCCCGCGCCCGUGCCCGACGCCGCCGAGCUGCACGCGCACGCGCAAGCUGCGCUGCUGCAGCAGCAUUACGCCUCGCAGCGGGCCCUGGCGGCGGCUGCGGCCGCGGGGCUGACGCCGCAGCAGGUGCUUGAGCUGGCAGCAACCCUUGGGUCCGGCGGUUUCGACCCGUCAUACCAUGGCGGCACCGGUGCCAUUGGCGGCCACGCGCCGGGCGGGCUGCUGCCCGCCUCGAUGGGCCUGCCCCACCCACACUUCCCCGGCCUGCUGCCGGGCGGCGCCCCCAGCAGCGCGCCCCCGCCGGGGCUCGAUCUGUCGUUCCUGUGA